AAUAGUUAGCCUAUUUUCACUACCUACAAAUUUACAAUCCUUUGCCUUUGCGAGUCUGCUUUUGUCAAUUCUCUUCAAACAUAGCAAAAGAACCAAGAUUCUGAACCAGGAUUUCCAAUGAAUGAAGAGAUGGAAGAAAUUAGAUUACCUGUCAAGUUCAUAAUGAACAAAGAUAAAACCAAGGUACUAUUUGCAGAAGCCGGCCUCGAUUUCACAGACGCUUUGUUAAGCUUCCUAGUUUUGCCAUUGGGGACAGUCGUGAAGAUCUUGAAGAAGCACCAUGGAGACGGGAAGGCGCCCGUUUAGGAAGCUUGAGCACUUUGUACAACGGCUUAGAGAAUCUCGACACCUUCCAUUUCUCAACUGAGGAUGCUAAGAUCUUGCUGCUUAAUCUAAAAAGCCUUGAUGCUGGCGAACAUCCUCGAUUUGAUCUGGCCUUCACUAAAACUAGAGCUUCCUUCAUCAUCGGUGAUGAUCUGAAGGUGAUGCGUAGUAUGGAAGGCUCUAUCAUGUCUACUCUCAACAGUCUUGGCGUUGCUAUGACGGAGAUGGAUGGGGCAGAUACUUGGAAUCUAAAGUUCGGAUACAAAGAGAUGAUGGCUUUACUGAGGAUGAUGUUUGUUUCCCGGAAACCACUGACCGCCCUGCUCUGUGGGCACCAAUGCACCCGAGCAGCUAGACAGGCAAACCCGGUGGUGAACAAGAUUGGAAAGAGAGCCCUUUUAAUGAAUCCCAAGAAGAUGAAUUUGAAAGUCAUGAUGCAAAAAUCUACAAACAAGUUACUCUUUGCUCAAGCACAUGGGAAUUUCGUAAGUUUCCUAUUUGGGUUGCUCUCCAUUCCUUUAGGGAGAGUGGAGUGGUAUUUGCACAGCAGCACCGGCGUUACAGCUAUGGAUAAUCUACACUGGAGCAUAAUGGAUAGUUUGUACGGCUACGAUGUGAUGACUACUGAGGCAAAGGAUUUGCUAUUCAAACCUCCCUUGUUUGAUGAUGCUUCUUGUAAUGUAAUGGAUGCUCGGUUUGGCUGUUGUAAUGACUAUCUUGCUCUCAGUUUCAACCGGAGCAAGAGCAGGUGUCAUGUUAGGGGAUCAGGAAUGUAUAUGGUUAGUGAUAAUCUAAGGGUUACAGCGUUGAGUGCGAGCUCCGGUGUUUCCGUGAUUAACGAGAUGAAGGUCGCCUUGUUGGACGUGGAAGAAGUGGAGCUCCAAGUCGGGUUGGAAGAGUAUGCCGGAGGCUGAGCAAGUUAAGUUCCAUAUCAAGCUUGUGAUAAAUAGGGAGAAGACGAAGGUACUAUUUGCAGAAGCCGGCAGUGAUUUCGCAGAUGUGUUGUUAAGCUUCCUACUUCUUCCAUUGGGAACAAUUGUGGAAGUCCUCGAGAAGCAAUACGGAGACAAGACGCCUGUUGUUGGAAGCUUGAACACUCUCUACAAAGGUGCAUCAAAUCUUGAUGUCGUCCAUUUCCAUGGAGAGAUUUUUAAGAAGUACGUGAUCAAUUCAACACAUUUUGAGAGUGAAUUGUGUAAACUGAGGCUCAAGAUCCGCGGUACUCAGCCCACAAGUUCCACUUCUUCGGAAUCAUAUGAAGGAGUUUUCACUGAUGGUGCAGCUUCUUUCAUAAUCACCGACGAUCUCUGUGUGCUGCCUAAUGGGACAGGUUCUAUCAUUGAAACUCUCAGCACUCUCGGCGUUGCUGUGAAAGAUAUGGAUGGCAUGGAUAUAAGAAAUGUGACAUUUGGAUUGAAUGAGAUUAUAGCUCUGCUGAAGGAAUCAUUGGUUUCCUCGAAUCCACUCACUGCCCUCAUUUUCCCCGGUAGAAAGAUGAUUGUAGCAACAGAGGGGCAUGUUUUGUUGCAUCAUAUUGACCAGAGGCCGAGUCUUGUGAUCCCAGAAAAUAUGAUGUUGAAAGUCAUGCUUCAAAAAUCGACAAACAAGUUUCUGUUUGCUCAGGCAGAUUGUGAUUUCGUAAAUUUUCUUUUUGUCAUGCUGAUCAUUUCCUUAGGAAGAGUUGAGUGGUUUUUGGGAAGUAGCACCGGUCUCAAGAGUAUGGAUAAUUUGCAUAGAAGUAUCACUGAUAAUUAUGAUAAUAUGCAUCUGAAAGAUUCGGAUACCAAAGACGUGCUAAUCAAGCCCAAGCAUCCUAAUUGCUAUUUGUUAAAUGGAAACAGAUUCUGUCUUAUGAAUUUCGACCAGAUUGGAAAUCAAUGUCUCUCUGUUUUCAACGAGUUGAAGAUCUCUUUGUCUGAUAUAAAAGAAGUAGAGGUGCAAGUUGGGUUGGAAGAGAAAUGGAGCGUCACUCGGAGUCGAAGAGCUCAAAACCACCGUCAUAGCCACCCUCCCUCCGCCGUGCUCAGCCACCAUCCUCAAGCAACGGUUUUUUUUUACAUUUUUAUAAUUACAAAUUGGAAGUUCAGAAUGUCUAAGGCUGAGGAAGUGAAGUUGCAUAUCAAGGUUGUGAUAAAUAAGGAGAAGAAGAAGGUACUAUUUGCAGAAGCUGGCAGCGAUUUUACAGACGUGCUGUUAAGCUUCCUACUUCUUCCAUUGGGAACGACUGUGGAAGUCCUCGAGAAGCACUAUGGAGACAAGGCGCCUGUUGUUGGAAGCUUGAACACUCUGUACAAAGGUGCAUCAAAUCUUGAUGUCGUCCAUUUCCAUGGGCAGUAUUAUAAGAACUGCGUGAUCAAAUCAACACAUUUUGAGAGUGAAUUGUGUAAACUGAGGCUCAACAUCCGCGGUACUCAGCCCACAAGUUCCACUUCUUCGGAAUCAUAUGAAGGAGUUUUCACUAAUGGUGCAGCUUCUUUCAUAAUCACUGAUGAUCUCCGUGUGCUGCCUAAUGUGGCAGGCUCCAUCAUUGAAACUCUCAGCAUUCUCGGCAUUGCUGCGGAAGAUAUGGAUGACAUGGAAACAAGAAAUGUGACAUUUGGAAUGAAUGAGAUUAUAGGUCUACUGAAGGAAUCAUUCGUGUCCUCGAGUCUACUCACUGCCCUGAUUUUCCCUGGGACACAUGGGACACAGAUGAUUGUAGCAACAGAGGAGCAUGUUUUGUUACAUCAGAUUGACCAGAAGGCCGAUGUUCCAAACAUAGAGAAUAUGAAGUUGAAAGUCAUGCUUCAAAAAUCUACAAACAGGUUGCUGUUUGCUCAGGCAGAUUAUGAUUUCAUAAAUUCUCUUUUUGCCACGCUCGUCAUUUCCUUAGGAAGAGUUGAGUGGUAUAUGGGCAGUGACACCGGUCUCAAGAAUAUAGAUAAUUUGCAUAAGAGUGUAGUUGAUCAUUUUCAUGACAAACAUCUGAAAUAUUCAUGUACUAAAGACUCACUGAUAAAGCCCAAGUCUAGUGAAUCAACUUGUUUCAAUAAAAGUGAGUAUGGGUUUAUGCAUCUAACUUAUGUCCGGGCAUGGACGAUGUACAUGGUAAGUGAUGACUUGGCUGUUGCACCGCUGGGGUUGACCUCGGGUCUUUCUGUUAUCAAUGAGUUGAAGAUCUCUUUGUCUGAUAUAAAAGAAGUAGAGCUGCAAGUUGGAUUGGAAGAGGUUUUAAGCAUACUGAAAGCGGCUCUUACAUCGACCACAGCUUUGACUGAUGGCCUCAUUAAACCGUAUUUAAUGAAACAAGAAAGGGAGCAGCAGUUGGUGUCGAAGAGUUGUUGAUUGAAUCAUUCAAUCCAUCUUAUCUUGAGGUGAUGUUUGUUCUAUUUGUGCAUGUUUCGGGGGCGUGUAUCACGUAUAUUGUUGCUAGCCUUGUUGAUUAGACAUGAAAGAAACGACUUAAGUUGUUGGAUAUGAUCCUGUUUAUGUUCCUUGUGGUACAACUUGUUUAUGUUUAUGAUGAUAAAUCUUGCUCAAAACAAAUUAUUUUGAUGUAAACCUCUCUCUCAAGAAUUUGAUGUUAUAGGUUGGAAGAGGUAAGAUUGGUGUUGUAAGUAUGAUAAUUGAUGAUGAAAUUAUGCCUUUCUUGCAGACAAAUUUUUUUGGUGAAA